GUGAGAUGGGCCUGCAGGUGAUCACCACUUUCGGCCUUUAUAAACAUAUCAAUCGGAAGCAGUAUGUGCGAUGUAGUAUGGUGGAUAGUUGCGAUCACCUGACUCAUCUCGUUUCCCCCUCAGGGAGUUUCGAUGCUAGACUGAGCCAUAGAUUAAGUUCACAAAUUGCUACUUCUGCCAUACACUCGAAAAAGAGCAAGUUCUAGCGCUAGGCGGUUGGUUCCCCUGGUACAUACCCAGUUAGUUGAGCAUCGAACGUGAGCAUGAUCGGCAAUAACACGCGGUCCAUGUCUGCACGAUAUAUUUAGAUCUCACUUCUCUGUAUCUAUUGCUACUGCUCCUGCUCCUAUUCGACGCUGAUCCUUAGCCCGAGAAGCUAUAAUCUAAUCAUCGGCAUGACUUCUCUAAACAGGGACUUUGCAAGCUCCAAUGUCCCGGGUAGUGAUCUGCAUCAGGACGACCUUCGCACCGAGUCUCUGAGGACACUUCAGCAGUAUAUGUCUCCACCUUCAGGAAACCUAAUGGACUAUGAUUGGGACCAACUCCAAGAAGAAUACCUCGCUUCUAUGGAAAAGCAUGAGAAUGCUGAAAGAGACUUACGUAACCGUGUCUCCAAGUUGCUUGAGAUCUUCAUGGCGUGGUCGGAGACAACUGUUAUGCGCGAUGAAAUCAGAGCUUUAAAAAGAUUUAAGACACAAAUGAAACAUGUUCAGACAUCUGAAGAAGAUCUAGAACUGAAACGUAAACACUAUGUCGAUGUUGUGGAGGCUUUCGAAAGUGCCCUCGCUUUAUUGAACGACCGCCUCAAGUCGUAACAAUUACUCGAGGGCGGUUCAGUUCUUUGAGCCUUCUCCGUUUCCAGACCUCAUACUGAAACCGCAGAAAAUUACACAUUAUCACAGCUUAUCAUAUAAUGUAUUUAAUGAAGCCCUACUGUUUCCUUCGCAUGGCAAUAGAUAAUUUAGACCGAAAGGUUACCAUCCAG